AUGAUUUCAGCUCCCAAUGAAACUGUUACCGACAAUGGCCCCAAUAUAAAUCAAGUGGAAGUUAUCAUUUAUGUGGUGAUUCUUAUUUUCGAGUCAACCGUCUCCAUGCUCGGAGGUGUUCUUGUCUGCUUGACGUUUAUAAGUGUCCGUACAACUAGCUGUAAACCAACGAGCAAGUUGAUCGUCAAUUUAGCCGUAAGCGAUGCGGCAAUGGGUGCAUUGGUGCUACCAUUCACUGCUGUCACUGUAUCAAACCAAGCAUGGAUCUUUGGUGAUGUUAUGUGUCAGAUAGAAGGAUUUAUUAAGACUUUCUUGAGCCAAGUACAGAGGUCAACGUUACUCCUGAUAGCUGUUGACCGCCUGCUACGCAUUAAGUUCCGUUUCAGCUACGGGAGGCGAUCCCAUACAAUGGUAUACCCCAUCCUCAUCAUGUGGAUCAUGAACAUCCCUCUGGCUGUACCUCCUCUGUUUGGAUGGAGUGAGUUUAAAUGGGAGCCUCACAAACCCUCAUGCACGGUGGAUUGGCUGGCCAGCCUCUCAUACUCUAUCACAUUCCUGACUGUGUUCGGUUUCAUCUUGCAGGGUGUGAUCACAGUAUGUUACAUGUUGAUUUUCCGGGAGGUGCGUGCUAGUAGGUUGAGGGUACAAGCUGCUGUUGUAGACCAUGGAGGAAGGGUAGACCGACUUGGAGCAAAUAUGACACCUUCACCAAGACAUCCUCAUUCAAACAUCUUCAUGACCAAGGAUGAGAUUGCCAUCGCUCGGACUAUGAUAGUCCUUGUUAUCCUAUCUUCCAUCCUGUCACUGCCUUACAUCAUCUCUCAUCUCAUCUCGUUGAUAAGAAACAGCCCACUGUCUUACCGUAAUGAAAUGACUACAACCAUCUUAGUGUAUCUCAACAACUGUCUUAACCCCGUUAUCUACGGUGUCACUAACUCACGGUUUCGGCAAGGAUUUAAAACGGUACUUCGGUGGCAAAAUGCUUAA